AUGGGAUCGAAGCCGGUUUAUUCAGUCGAUGAUACGCCAACUGUCCUGACCGAUUCAGAAUCACCAUCGGACACAACAGCUAGCCAUGGCAAGAACCAUGACGAUCAGAGACCCAAAGUGCAGUCGCCAGGAUGGCUUGUGCAAACUAAAAACGGGGUCGAGUUCCGUGACAGCAAGACGGCUUCUGCGGCUCGUGAGGAUGAACAGACUAUUCGUGCCCUUUUCGAGGUGGAGAGCGAGCAAUCGACAUGGCUUCCUGCUCUCGCUUUCCUCAAUCAGCACCAUGACUACAUGGGCAUAUAUCCCGCCUCAGGACUCUCCUAUAAUUGUGUCCCUUCUUCACCCAACAUCAUCAUCUUGUGGAGGGUGUUCUUGGACAGAGUCAACCCUGUCACCAGGAUCCUUCACAUUCCGACGUUCCAGGCCAACAUUGCAGAGGCGGUAUCCAACUUCCACGCCAUCUCGCCCAUUACGCAAGGUCUCUUGUUCUCCAUUUUCCUCGCAGCAUCUGGCACUCUUUCGCAGAAAGAGCACUGGGACAUGCUUCACUGGUCCAAGAAGGAUGCUUCGACGGGUCUGUCUAGGGGCUUCAAGACUGCCAUGGCACGAUACAAUUAUCUGAAACGUUUCAACGAAGAUACAAUAAGGAGUCUAAUAUUUUAUUCAUUACACCAACGAUCUUUGAGGGACCCGGUAGAUCCAUGGAUUCUCAACGGCAUCGUCGUGAACAUAGCUCACCGUCUCGGUCUCCACAUCGACGGCACACGCCUUGGCUUGUCACCCUUCCAAUCAGAAAUGAGACGACGCCUCUGGUGGCAAACCGUUCUUAUAGAAGCCAAAACGAGUGCCGCCUCAAGCAUCAGCGCCCGAGUCCUACCAUCCAGCCGGGACACGCGCAUCCCACUCAACGUCAACGACGAAGACCUCCAUACAUCCAUGAAAGAAGCACCCAUCGCUCGAGAUGGACCAUCAGAGAUGUCCUACUGCGUGGUUACAUACGAAGCGGAAUCACUCGCCAUGGAAAUGCGAAUCCCGUCCGUCGACGACGUACUCUGGGGCCAGGCAUCCCCAGGUCCGGCUUCAGCAUUAGCAUACGCGGCUAUGCCUCCGCCGCACCCCUUUGACUCACCCUUCGUCACCGCAAUACAAGACGCGCUGCAAAAGUUCGACCGGACACUGGGGCCCCUCGAGCGCCGUCUCCUCUCCGACUCAGCCGUGAACCCCCUCCACGCAAUGGCGCUCUACUCCCGCACCUCACUCGCCGCCAUCGUCGACAAGGUCAUCACGCCCCUGGAAGCAGCACCAGAAUGGGGCACGGAGAUGCAUGGACCGGAAGACAAGUUCUUCAGCAUCGGCCUGAUUGCGCUGGAGAUCACGCUCCAGCAGCGGCGGGUCGCGGAGCACCAGUUUGCGUGGCUCGUCGACCUCGACUUCAAGAUUCAGACGUUCUACUACCUGGGCGCGCAGCUUCAGAACCGGGUGUCAGGGUCCAUGGCGGACAGGACGUGGACCGUGAUUGAGAAGAUGUAUGCGUGUCGCGAGGACUUGUGGGAGCUCAAGGACGAAGAGAAUAUGACACUGGCGAACCUCCUGAUUGUGGCUUGGUGUCGGCGCGCCGAGCAUUUUCUGGGGAAUCAGGUUCUGCUGCUGGAGCCUCCCUUUGUGACGCGCCUGCGAGACGAGAUUAUGAUGAUCAAGGCUGAGGCGUUGAGCCUGUUCUAA